AUGGCUACAGUGGCCCCAACUCGUAUGAGUCCCUCUGCAAACACGAUUGUCGAGUCUGUGACUCAGAAUCCGAAUGGACACCUUCAGUUCGACAACGCUCAACCAGACAUAAUGUUUUGUCGAGCAAAGUAUGACUAUACGGCGGACGUUCCUUCAGCACUCUCUUUCCAAACGGGUGACAUCAUCGAGGUUUUGACCCAGCUGCCGUCCGGCUGGUGGGAUGGUCUACUAAACGGAGAGAGAGGAUGGUUCCCGUCGAAUUAUACUGAAGUUAUGACAGAUGAGGAGGUUGAAAGGGUGUUUUCGGGUGCACUCGAACCGGUCAUACAAGAUGUCCCUACAAUUGUAUUUCCACCCUCUCAGUCAUCAACUCUCAGUGAUGGACGUCUCAACGCGCCUCAUCAAGACAUGGACAACAGCACCUCCAGCCACCAAAGCGAUUUCUGGAUCCCAGAGGUGACUCCUGAUGGCCGCCAGAUCUUUUAUGUGAAUAUAAAAACUGGACAACGUUCUCGGGACCUUCCACGAGAAUCAGACAACGAAACAUCCGAUGAUAGCUUUUCUGCACUGAAACCUCAGAAGGCUACACGGUCAGGCAACAGUGAAGAUCUUGGUCUGGGAACCUAUAAUAAUGCCAUGUCGACUGGUGGAAUGGAGCAAACGUCCGAUGAUAGUAAAGCAGCGAAUGCAUUGACGUCUAGUCCUCCUCGCUCCUCUCAAACAACAGACGGAAAAGUAUCUUCUGCUGACUCCGAUACUUCACGAAGCGAUCAUCUUUUUCCACCAAGAGAACGACCGGCAGUUGUGUCUGAUCCAGACAUCCCUCAAUUUUUGCCCCAAGUCCAGGCCAACUCAAUGUCUAAAAUUUCCAUCGCCCAACUGACUUCCGAUGAAAGGAAUGCUAGGAUACUGGAGCAAGCCUUGGAGCCUCAAUCCCCAUCUCCCAAUAUUAUCACCGACCUUGCAUUUGCAGUAAGGAUUGCGAUACAAAAUGUUGUAGGAAACGUUAAGUCAAGCGGGCUUUCUCGUAAGCCUGUUGAUGACAAGAAAAUGGACAAAUUAAUUUGCAGCGUUGUUCUUGCUGUCCAGAAUUUGCUUUAUCUUGCUGCAGCUUCCCCCAUCCAUUUUGUAGCUGAUCUCCCACAUCCCAGGGGAUUUUCUGUCACCCAACCAUCAACCGCAGCACUUAAAUCCCCUCAAAGGAAAGUGACUGCCAUUCUGUCUAGGCUUGUUCUCAGUGCCCGUGCAUUGGUUUACAAUUCUGGUUCUCCACUCUCAGAAACACUCACCCGUAUCGAAUCCGAUGCAGAAGAAUUGCAAAGGGAUGUUAAUUCGUUUGUUUUCGAAGCGCAACGAAUACAUGGACAAACACUGGGGGCGAACAAGAAUAUAAAGCGUAUACAAGGGUAUUUUGCUGCAAAUAAUACCGGACUAGGCCUUGUGGGGGCAGGUUCAGCUGCAUCAUGGAAAGGUUUUGGCUACCAUUUCCGUGAUGUUAGGAAUGGUGUACCGCAGAAAGUCCUAGAUGCUGAUGUCAUUCUCGAAAUUGAUCUGUCGGUGGAUCGAUUACAAAGGAGAAUUAUCUCCCUUCAGGAAGCAAUCCUCGACCGAGUCAGUUCAGCAGUGCAGGAAUUGGUUACAUACACCUCAACUUUUCUGACUUUUAUCGCUGAUGUUUAUGUCGCAAGGCAUGUUGACAUUGACGGUGUACGACAAAGCAGCGACGCUUCUUUGAACAACGAAUACACUCGCAUGGUCAAUGAUGCCAGACUUCUGGUGCGGAGUAUGGAAGCCGUGGUACAAGCGAUUUAUGACGAUAGUGCAUCUCUGCUUUUAACAACGCAGAAUCUCCACGAAGGUGUUCGCAAUGCUUUUUCUAGCGAACGAGAAGAUUCCUAUGAAACGUUGAAAGGUCUUACAAUCUCUCUCGCCAACAAUCUUUCUCACGUGAAACGAAUUUUUGGAAACUUGCUUUCAUUGGGCUACGAACAGGCGGAGGCUGUAAAGGGCGACUACAAAGAAUCCAUUGAUUGGCGUUUUUCCGGUAUAAGUGCCAUUAAAAUACAUCUUGGGACAGAAGACGGCCAUACUUCAUACAACGAGGAGCUUGUUGAUAUCGAGCUUGCCUUACAGCAAUCGAAUCAGCGGAACAGUUUAUAUCCAGAGCUAUAUCCUCCUUCACCACCCGGAGGGUCAUCCCCAGAGGAUUCACCACCAGAUAUGCCAUCUAAUUCGAAUAAGGCUCCACAAUCCAAUUUCUCUCCGAAGGGCUUCGAAGACGAUGAUGAUACAGAAUCUAUUGCACCCAGUGUCAAACCCCCUCCGCGUCCUUCUGGUUCGACCAAUGUACCAAAGUUAGAACAAAUAUUAGGAAUUGAAUAUGCUGACAAAGUGGCCGCUGGCCGCCGACCUUGGUACUUGAGAGCAGACUAUAAGGAUUCAGAUAUUAUCAUCGAUGCCGACAACUCUGUACGUGGUGGGACAUUACCUGCCCUUGUCGAACGUUUGACAGCUCAUGAUCAAGCUGACACCACUUUCACCCAAGCUUUCCUUGUCACCUAUAAAUCUUUUACUACUUUGGAUGAGCUGUUCGAUCUUCUUGUUGCUCGUUUUCAUUUGCAGCAACCCGAAGGCUUAAGUCCAGCUGAAAGAGAAGAGUGGACAAAAUUAAAGCAACAUGUGGUUAGAACACGAGUCAUCAACACCAUGAAGACCAUGGUGGAUGGUAUGCUCGACCCAGAGGAUAUGUAUAUCCUUGACAAGAUGAAAGGGUUUGUUUCAUCUGAUGAAGUUUCGACAUAUGCUGCGGCCAAAAAUUUGCUAGUUCAGAUAGAACGGACGAAGGCAAUGGGAGAUGCUAAAACGUUAAUCAACACGAAUCAAGAGCCACCCCCACCGCCAAUCAUCCCGAAGUCAGCAAAGCAGCCUAAGUUGCUCGAUAUUGAUCCUUUGGAGCUUGCCCGCCAAUUUACGAUCAUCGAGAGCGAAUCAUAUCAAAAAAUUAAGCCAAUUGAGGGUCUGCAGCGUGCGCGUAUGCAAAAAAAUGAACACGAUGAUGACAUUGCCGCUGUCAUCCAGAUGAGCAAUCGAAUUGCUGAAUGGAUAGUUGAUUGUAUACUGAGCAAGGAAGACCCUCGUCGACGUGCCCAAGUAGUCAAAUAUCUUAUCUCUGUCGCAGAUCGAUGCCGUCUUCUGAAGAAUUUUUCAACAAUGGGUGCCAUUAUCUCGGGUCUCAAUACCCCGCCCAUACGACGGCUCAAAAAGACAUGGGACCAAAUCAGUCAGCGUUACAUGGCUCAGUUCACGGCUUGUGAGGUUACCGUCGAUAGCUUCAAGAACUUUGGACGAUAUAGGACGCUCAUGGCCUCCGUGACCCCUCCUUACGUUCCUUUCCUAGGUGUCUCUCUUUCAACACUCCAAUUCAUUCAAGAUGGUAAUCCGGACAAGCUGUCUGGCGAUAUGAUCAACUUUCGAAAGUUCCAAAAGGCUUCAGAGGUGAUCAUUGAUAUCAGGCGCUGGCAAACACAAUCUUUCAAUCUACAGCCCCUUCCUUCUGUGAUCUCGUACAUUAAGGAAUCCCUUAGCAAAUUUAGUGGGGGAUCUCGGUCGCUGAGCGAUCAUUUCUGGGAACUUUCCUUGAUACGGGAACCUAGGGAAAAGGAUGAUUCGGAGAAGUUUGCAAGAUUGCUGCAAGAAAGCGGGUUCUAG